CACGACACCAUUUCACCCAGUCACAUCCGAUCUCUCCAUUUAAUUAUUUAUUCCAUAUUUCUCUUUCCCACCCUCUCUCUUAUCCUCUUCAAAGCACUGCGCUAGGCAGCUGCUCGUCGUCCUCACAAAUGCCCUCCCUUCGCCGUUCCUUCUCUUCCCCCUCUGUUCGUUCGUCGCCCUAUCCUCCACCAGUCUCUGCUGCGAGCACCCGCACCCGCCCUCACGGCCAUCGUCGCUCAUCGGGCUCAGAGACGUCCACCCGCAGGGUGCUCGCCGACAUCGAGUGGUGGCGGGUGGCAGACGGCCAGCUCGACCUCGACGCUCCUCACGGACAGGAGGACCACCCCCAGGACGAUGCACAGAACCACGACUCCGUCACUCUCGCUGACGACGUCAACGUCCCAGAUUUCUCUGCUGGUGGAGGCCCAGAUCUCCCGCAGACACCACUGAUGUGGUCUCUGCACACUUUUGACAUCUCACGCUCACAAGAGUAUGCCUUGCCUACCACUCAGUUCGCAGCCUUGUCUAUUGCACCUCGCAGUCCUACAAGGCGGCGCCAUGGCCGGGAUUCUUCCUUCUCUUCUCUGGAAUCUACUCCAGAGGCAUCAGAGACCCCCCUCGAGGCUAUUCGUCUUAGCGUGCUCGAUUCCCCAUUAGCCUUCACCCAUGUCGGUGUUCCAUUCGCUCACCCCCCAUCCCCUCUCUUGCGCCCCACCAUCAGAGCAGCGCCUGCCCUGUCCUCAACCCGCUCCCAGUCUUUCGGUGGCUUCGACCACUUCGCCGAUCUCGGAAGCUCGUUCUCUCUCGACGAUCAUCUUUUUCGCUAAAGAUGUCGCCCAAUCUUAUCUUCAUCUACAUUCCUGGGGUCACAAGACCAUCUCAUGUUUGUUUCCAUCCAUCAAAAACGACGUCGCACCCCCCUUCACUUGAAGCUGCGCUCGGGCAACAAGCACAAUCUACCAUCACGCGCGACCUUGUCCAUGACCGAUCCAUUGCUCGGUCAUCACUCCAUCAACCAAUCCUCUCUGUUCAUAAAUCCAAUUUGUUCUACCCAUUUAUCCAUUUAUAUUCAUUUCCAAAAAAAAUAUUCUCACCUGCAAUUUACCUGGUUUCUUGCAUAUCCAUAUUCUUUGUUUAUUCAACGCAUUUCUUUCUCUAACGAUUUCUAAUACGACAGUCACGCGUAUAUCUUUGAAGAAAAUGGUCUUCAUCUACAGAUUCAGGCUUUUACUUUACAAGACCUUAAGCUUCGCUGGUUCUUUGGUGUUGGUUUCCUUCACGCCUAUCUGACGCCUCUUCACGCCCGUGCAUAUAUUUUGUUUAUAUCAUUGUCCAUUACACCUUUUUCUUCUUCUUUUUCCUCCCCCCGUCUUAUUCUUGUUUCUUUCACUCCAUAUGUUCUCCCUCAAACCUCACUUUCUCCAAAAGAGUUCCGGUAUAGUUAGUGUAAUUCCUCAUCAUUCUCUGUAACGACUAGACAUGCAUAUACUCUUCCUCUGCUUUCUUCCACCUUGCUCUCAAAAGCGCUUUCUCGCUCACGACACUCGCCACGACGCCUUUACGAAGUCUUGUUGUUCUUGGUCCCCUUCUUCACGUACAGUUCUGUCUCAGUAUUGUACGCCAUAAAUUGUUUUUUUUUGAAAUACAUUU